AAAGUGUAAAAAAAAAACCAGUCAAAAGUCGGAACACAUCACGCUCAAACCAAAAAGCAUUUCUUCUUCACACUCUCUGCCUUUCUCAGAAAAAAAUGAAAUUGUGAAAAACCCUAAAACCUAUCGCGAAGAAGAUGGAUCGCAAGGGGAAGGGAAAACAAGUCGCCGAAACUGAUUCGUCUUCCGGCGGAAAGAAACGGAAAGGAGGAGUCGAGUUCAGAGAUGAAGGGUUGAGGAUUGGUAAGCGGAAAAACCCUUCGGUUCUUCAGUUCUUCGAGGAAUCCGCCGAGGUUGGCUACUAUGGAGGGAGCUCCGACGAAGAUUGCGAUGUUAAUGAUUUCCUUAACGAUAUGGAUCUUGGAGGCCAGGAUGACAAGGGAACAAACGGAAACCCUUCCUUUGUUUUUCCUAAGGAAGAGGAGAUCAACGAGGAAGAAUAUGAUAGGAUCAUGGAAGAAAGAUACAAACCUGGUUCCGGGUUUGUUAGAUAUGCAGAAGAUGAUGUCAAAAGUUCCAUCGAAAUGGAUGCUCUUGUACCAACUGCCUGGGAUCCUCCAAUAUGGAAAGUAAAGUGUGCGAUUGGACGGGAGAGGCACUCCGUUUUCUGUCUCAUGCACAAAUUUGUCGAGCUGCGAAAGUUAGGCACCAAAAUACAGAUCGUGUCUGUGUUUUCUGUGGAGCAUGUCAAGGGUUUUGUCUUCAUAGAAGCUGACAAGGAACAUGAUGUUCUUCAGGCCUGCAAGAAUUUAAAUGGUAUCUAUGCUACUCGGAUGAUGUUACUUCCUAAAGCCGAAGCUCCACAUCUGCUUACUGUCCAAAGAAAACCUAAAAAAAAAACUGAGGGAACAUGGGCUCUUGUUAAGAAUGGUAAAUACAAGGGAGAUCUUGCUCAGGUUGUGGCUGUGAGUGAUGCUCGGGGGAAAGCGUUAAUCAAGUUAAUUCCAAGGAUUGAUAUGGCGGCUCUGACCCAAAAAUAUGGUGGAGGAGCUGCUAUCCAAAAAGGCUUCAAUCCAGCUCCAAGAUUGAUCAGUUCAAGCGAGCUUGAGGAGUUCAGACCUCUCAUUCAAGUGAGGCGUGAUCGUGAUACUGGAAUGACUUUUGAGCAUCUUGAUAGCCUGAUGCUUAAAGACGGGUUUUUAUAUAAAAAAGUAUCAGUAGAUUCAUUAUCUUCCUGGGGGGUUGUACCAACAAAGGAGGAGAUGCUAAAAUUUACGCCUGCAAAACAAAAAGAACCUGGUGAUAUGGAGUGGAUUUCCGAAAUCUAUGGUGGAGAAAAGAAGAAAAAAAAUCUUCUAGCUGGCAGUGUGGCGGGGAAAGGAGAAGAAUCAGAGGGUGAAAAAGGAGAAGGAUCAUCAGGAUCUACGUCAGAAAGUAGCUAUGAGUUAUAUAAUCUAGUUUGUUUCAGUCGAAAAGACUUCGGUUUAAUUGUGGGCGUUGAUGACAAAGGUGAAGGCUACAAGGUUCUAAAAGAAGGCUCUGAUGGACCCGCUGUAGGUAAACAAGGAGUUGUGAAGCAAGUAUACAGAAGCAUCUUGUUUCUUUAUGCUGAGAGUGAGGAAGAAAAUGGUGGAUAUUUCUGCUGCAAAUCCCAAUCAUGUGAGAAAAUUAAACUCUUUACUGACGAAUCCAAUGAGAAUGAGCAGACUGGUGGAUUUGAUGCUUCAGCUUUUGGAGAUUCUGCAUCCUCCCCAAAAUCGCCGCUACCCCCUGAAAAAGAGUGGCAGCCCAAGGAAAAAUACUUUAACUCGAACCAAGGAGACAGAGGUAGCAUGUAUUCUAUAGGACAAAAGCUGAGGAUACGUGUGGGUCCAUGGAAGGGGUAUCUCUGCCGUGUAAUAGCUUUACGCUACUCUGAUGUUACAGUCAAGCUUGAUUCCCAGCCUAAAAUUCUUACAGUUAAAAGUGAGCAUCUUGCUGAGGUUCGCGACAGAAAUAUGCAAAGUAAAAGUGAUAAUGCUGGCUUUGAGCAUAAACCCCUUGAAGAAAGUAGCAAUGGAGAUUGGACGAAAGGAGCAGGCACGUCUGGAGAGGAUGGUAACUGGAAUAUAGGAGGCGCUUCUAGUGAUUUGAGCGCAUGGGGCAGUAAGCCAACAUCUGAUGUCUCGUCUCAGCAGCCAACAGUCCCAGAUGACAACACUUCGUGGGCCAAAGCAGCAGCUGAGAACAAACCUGCCUCUGCUGGUGAUCAGUCUGGUGGUUGGAAUUCCUGGGGUAAAACACCUGCUCCUGAAGCUAGCACUGUUGGUGGGUGGGGAGAUGCAGGUGCUUCAACAGCUGAAGCUUCUUCUUGGGGAAAACACGUAGCUUCUACUUCCAACGUUGAAAAUUUAGGUUCUUGGGGUAAGGACGGAGUAAGCUCUGAUGGUAAUAAACAACAAGAGGAGGACCCGAGAUGGAGUAAAGAAUCAAGUCAGAAGAAAGAAGAACCUUCUUGGGGUAAGAAAGUGGGAUCUGAUUCUGGUUUCGGAAAAGGAGAUGGAGAAUCUAGUUGGGGAAACAAAGAUGGAAACUCCAGCGCAAGUAACAAAGGAGUUUCAUGGGGACAACAGGACAAAGGCUCUGACAGUAUGCAGGGAGGAUCUGCUUGGGGUAAUCAAGGUGGAGGUUUUGGUUCAGAGGAGAAAAACAAUGGCUCUUCUGGUUGGAACAAGUCAGGAGAAGAUUCCAAUGCCAAUAAAAAGAGAGUUCCUGACUGGGGCAAACAAGACGGAGGGGCAUCAUGGGGUAAAAAAGAUGACGGAGGAUCUUCAUGGGGUAAAAAGGAUGACGGAGGAUCUUCGUGGGGUAAAAAGGAUGACGGAGGAUCAUCGUGGGGUAAAAAGGAGGACGGAGGAUCAUCGUGGGGUAAAAAGGAUGAUGGUAAUAAGGAUGAUGGAGGAUCAUCGUGGGGUAAAAAGGAUGAUGGUAAUAAGGAUGAUGGAGGAUUGUCGUGGGGUAAAAAGGUCGAUGGUGGAUCAUCUUGGGGCAAGAAAGACGAUGGAGGAUCGUCGUGGGGUAAAAAGGAUGAUGGAGGAUCGUCGUGGGGUAAAAAGGUCGAUGGAGGAUCUUGGGGCAAGAAAGACGAUGGAGGAUCGUCGUGGGGUAAAAAGGAUGAUGGUAAUAAGGAUGAUGGAGGAUCAUCUUGGGGUAAAAAGGUCGAUGGAGGAUCAUCUUGGGGCAAGAAAGACGAUGGGGGAUCGUCGUGGGGUAUAAAGGAUGACGGAGGAUCAUCGUGGGGUAAAAAGGAUGAUGGCAAUAAGGAUGAUGGAGGAUCGUCGUGGGGUAAAAAGGUGGAUGGAGGAUCUUCUUGGGCCAAAAAGGAUGAUGGAGGAUCGGGUUGGGGUAAAAAGGAUGAUGGAGGAUCGUCGUGGGGCAAAAAGGUGGAUGGAGGAUCCUCUUGGGGCAAAAAGGAUGAUGGAGGAUCAUCUUGGGGAAAGAAGGACGAUGGUGGAUCGUCGUGGGGUAGGAAUGGUGAUGGAGGGUACUCAGAACAAUCAUUUGAUAGGGGAGGACGUGGGUUUGGUGGGAGAAGAGGAGGAGGUCGUCGAGGUGGUAGGGAUCAAUUUGGGAGGGGAAGAUCUUUUGGGAAUUCCGAGGAUCCCGCACCAUGGAGCGGAUCUAGCUACGGCGGUUCAAGCUGGGGUAAACAGGAUGGUGGUGGUGGUGGUUCUUCCUGGGGGAAGCAAGACAAUGGCAGAGGAGGUUCUGCCUGGGGUAAGCAAAAUGAUGGUGGUGGGGGAUCGAGCUGGUCCAAACAGGGCGAUGGCGGUUCUAAGCCGUGGGAAGAAGAGAGUGGUGGUCGUGGGUUUGGUGGAAGAAGAGGAGGAGGGGGAUUCCGAGGAGGUUUCCGGGGAGGUAGAAAUGGAGGACGCUCGUAUGAUCGGGAUCAAUCAUCAUCAGGGUGGAAAAGAGACAAUCAAGAAAGCACUUGGAAGAGCGACCAAAGUGGUGGUGGAUCAGACUGGAAAAAAGGGUGGGGAGAGGAUUCGAACAAUCCAAAGCCAGCCGAUUCAUCCUCUUGGCCUAGCUGGGAUACUAACUCAAAGAAAGAAACCAAUGCUGUUGCUGCUGAUGAUGACAAAGCAGCUUGGGGAACCGGUAACGGUCAGGCGAAAACGAGCGGAGAAGACGAUAACGCAUGGGGCGGCAAAACAAGCGCAGGAGCACCGUCUUCAACUGGCUCGUCGUGGGGAACCGGAGACAAAAAUUCCGGAUGGUAGAAAAAACAUAACAUCCUAAGUUGACUUGUAAGUAGUACUUGCUACCCAACGACUAUUUUUACUCUUUGGAGCUUUUUUUUUUUGCUAAACCUCGUAUGGUUGUGCUUUAUGGUCGUUGGCUGUUUUGACUUUUGGCAUAUCGGAUUUUUCAUCUGCAUGACGUUUCCAUCUAUUAUGAACUUUUACUACUUGCGAUUGUUAUUCUUACGCAUCGCAGCUUUUUAAUCUAUUUAGAUAAAUGUUUCCGAAAUGA